AUAGCAAGGAAAUUUCUGAGCUUUUGGGGUCAUAUGAUGCUUCACAACCGGGAGAAAGCCAGUGUGCUGAGUCGACGAGGACGCCGUGGGCACGGUCUUGAAUAGAUUGCAGAGGACGGAAUCGUGGCCUCGAGUUGUUGCAUUCGAAUUUCUGCAACGAGAGCGAAGAUCGAAGAAUAUAUAUUAACGCAGGACGGCAUCGCUGUGGCGUUGGAACCCUUAUGGGGAAUGUAACGAAAAUUAUGCUAGUACUUUUCGUACUAGCCGUUUUGGCGCAUGAGGCCACGAGUCUUUGGGAGUUGGAGAUCUUGAAGGAUGAUACUCAGCCACUGUCAAAGAUUGCUAUUCAUCGUACAAUUCAGAAAUUGGAUAAAUCAAUUACAAUAAGUGCGAACCCAAUUCUUCUUGGCCAGAAGGGGGAAACGGCAGAAUAUGUCACCGUCAAGUACAACAAGCCUGUUGGUGCAAGUGAAUCAGACUGGAUUGGAGUAUUUUCACCAGCAAAAUUCAAUGCAUCAGAAUGCAUGGAUGAUUUGAAUCGCAGAGUAUACGAGCCUUACAUGUGCCAAGCUCCCAUCAAAUAUAAAUAUGCGAAUUAUUCAUCACCGAAUUAUGUGACUCAAGGAGAAGGAUCUGUGACUUUCCGACUGAUCAAGCAGCGAGCUGACUAUGCUUUUGGCUUUUUCUCCGGAGGCAUUACAAAUCCGGUGCUGGAGGCAAUCUCGAACACAAUAUCUUUUACUGAUGCAGAUGCGCCAGUAUAUCCGCGACUGGCUCUUGGGUCCUCUUGGGAUAUAAUGACAGUUACGUGGACAAGUGGAUAUGGUAAGAAAGAUGCAGAUGCGGUGGUGCAGUGGGGUACCGAAGUUGGCAAAGACUCAUGGAUUUCGCCCGCUAGCACGUUAACCUUCACUCGACAGGAUAUGUGCGGUUCACCCGCUAGUACGGUAGGCUGGAGAGAUCCAGGUUUUUUCCACACUUCUUAUCUGAAGGAGCUCUGGCCUAGCACCAGAUACUAUUACAAGGUGGGACACAGGAUGAAGAAUGGCGAACAUGUUUGGGGUCCGAAGUAUCAUUUCACAUCUGCUCCUGCUCUGGGCGAAGACACAGUGCAGCGGGUGGUGAUAUUUGGUGACAUGGGAAAGAACGAAAGAGACGGAUCAAAUGAAUACAACGAUUACCAGCACGGAGCUAUUAACACAACUGAUCAACUUGUUAAGGACCUGGACAACUAUGACAUUGUAUUCCACAUCGGAGAUUUGGCUUAUGCAAACGGAUACAUGUCUGAGUGGGACCAAUUUCACGAGCAAGUAGGAGACAUUGCAGCCCGUGUCCCUUACAUGGUAACAAAUGGAAAUCAUGAGCGAGAUUACCCGGGAUCUGGUUCAUACUAUCUAAACAGAGACUCUGGAGGCGAAUGUGGAGUACCAACGCAAGUUAUGUACCACAUGCCAACCACUAAUAAAGCGAAAUCAUGGUAUGAAGCAGAUUGGGGUAUGUUCCACUUCUGUGUUGCCGACACUGAAAUGGAAUGGGGAGAAGGCAGUGAACAAUACAAGUUCCUUGAGCAGUGUUUUGCAAAGGCCGAUCGGCAACGCCAACCCUGGUUGAUAUUUCUAGCACAUCGUGUGCUGGGGUACUCUUCUGGUAUCUAUUACGCAUUGGAAGGCACGUAUGCAGAGCCCUCUGGCAGAGAGAGCUUGCAAAAGCUUUGGCAGAAAUACAAAGUAGACCUUGCUUUCUAUGGCCAUGUGCACAACUAUGAGCGAAUUUGCCCUGCAUAUGACAGCCAAUGUGUGAGCACUGAAAAAGACCACUACUCGGGCACGUUCAACGCUACGAUUCACAUUGUGGCAGGUGGUGGAGGCUGUGAUUUGGAAUCAUUUAGCCCAGUUAUUCCAUCUUGGAGUGUGAAACAAGAUCUGGAUUGGGGAUUCACGAAGUUGACAGCUUUCAAUCAUUCUACAUUGUUAUUCGAAUACAAGAAGAGCAGGGACGGUGAAGUUUAUGAUCAAUUCUGGAUCUCCAGAAACUACAAGGACGUCCUCGGCUGUGAUGGCAUGGGCAAAAACUGCCCGGGCUUUACCCUUGCCACAUAGGUUCUAAUAUUCAUCUAAUCGUACUUAUUCAUCUAAAACUAAUUUCAUUGACAAUUUCAUUAUCCUUGCCAUCUUUGUAUCCAUACUGUGCUCUAGAGACGAUUAAAGCCCCAAAGUGCAUGCAAUUAAGGUGCAGUUUGAGAUCAUGAGGUUAAGUUUAUUGGUCUUUGAUGUGAAUUCUGUAUUACUUCGAUAUUUCAGCACAGGACCUUAAAGCCACCCGGUAGAAGCAAAGAUACGAUUCAACCUACUGUUUUUUUUAAUAAAGGUUAUGAAUAUUCUUCUUACUUA